UCUUUUCGUGUGUCUACUAGACAUCUGGUUGUCUUCUUUGGAAAAAUGUCUAUUCAUGUCUUCUGCCCAUUUCUUAACUAGAUUACUUGGUUUUGGGGUGUUAAGUUUGGUAAGCUCUUUCUAGAUUUUGGUACUAACCCUUUAUCAGAUAUGUCAUUUGCAAAUAUCUUCUCCCAUCCCGCAGGCUGCCUUUUAGUUUUGUUGAUUGUUUCCUUCACUGUGCAGAAGCUUUUCGUCUUGAUGAAGUCCAACAGUUGGCAUUAUUGUGCCGGGUCUACUCUUCUCCUUGUGGUCCAUGAGAAGCAUGUCCACAGCUAAGGCCUGGAAUAGCUCUUCAGUAACCAUGUUCAUCUUCCUGGGAUUUGCAGACCAUCCAGAACUCCAGACCCUUCUCUUUGUGACCUUCCUGGGUAUCUAUCUUGUGACACUGGCCUGGAACCUGGCCCUCAUCUUUUUGAUCAGAGGUGAGCCCCGUCUGCACACACCCAUGUACUUCUUCCUCACCAAUUUGUCUUUCAUCGACAUCUGCUACUCUUCUACAGUGGCCCCCAAGAUGCUCACUGAUUUCUUCCGGGAGCAAAAGACCAUAUCAUUCUUGGGCUGUGCUGCGCAGUUUUUUUUCUUUGUCAGUAUGGGUCUCACUGAGUGCUUCCUCCUGACUGCCAUGGCAUACGACAGAUACGCAGCCAUCUCCAGUCCCCUGCUCUACACAGCCAUCAUGUCCCAGGGCCUCUGCACACGCAUGGUGCUUGGCGCAUAUGUUGGUGGCUUCCUGAGCUCCCUGAUCCAGGCCAGCUCCAUAUUUCAGCUUCACUUCUGCGGACCCAACAUUAUCAAUCAUUUCUUCUGUGACCUCCCUCCAGUACUGGCACUUUCUUGCUCUGACACCUUUCCUAGUCAAGUGGUGAAUUUUCUCGUGGUAGUCACUAUUGGGGGGACAUCGUUCCUCAUCCUCAUCAUCUCCUACAGUUACAUAGGAACUGCUGUCUUGAAAAUCCGUUCAGUGGAAGGCCGAAAGAAAGCCUUCAGCACAUGUGCCUCACACUUGAUGGUGGUGACUCUGUUGUUUGGGACGGCCCUUUUCAUGUACCUGAGACCCAGCUCCAGCUACUCGCUUGGCAGGGACAAGGUAGUGUCUGUGUUCUAUUCACUGGUGAUCCCCAUGCUGAACCCUCUCAUUUACAGUUUGAGGAACAGAGAGAUCAAAGAUGCCCUAUGGAAGGUGUUGGAGAAGAAGAAACUGUUUUCCUAGUUCACGAUUGAAAAUAUAUUUCUCCAGAGACAAAUGAUCUCUGGCAUCUACCUCCACCUCUGACAUUGACAAGGGAGACAUCU